GGACUACUUUUUUGACAUUGACCUAAAAUCCAGGACGCUAUGCUGAAUUUUGUAAACAGGAAAACCUAAGUUGAAAAAUUUCGAACUUUUCCCUCGAUUUUAACAUUACUCUUACUUGCAUACAGUUGGCUGCAAAGAAAUGAAGAGAUGGCACAGGAAGAGCGAGAAAAUUUUUAUCGUCACUCCACACUUAUCGUAGAUGAUACAAAUGAAGUUUUCCUGGGAUUAGUUGAUCUCCAUUUAACGAAUGAAAGCCUCAGCCUGAUCAAGUUCAUCGAAAAUAACCAGCAUGCAAUUUAUCAUCUAUGUUAUAACAACGUUACAUGCUGUUUAUGUCCACCUAAGGCAAAAAAACCCGUAGGUUCUCCACCCAGUAGAAUUCUACAUCCCUCGCAAUUAGAUAUACUUUUCGAUAAAUAUAAAAAACAUCCAAAUCACAACCCUCAUAAUCGGGCAAAGCAUUGCUGCUGCCCCGUUAAUACUAAAUUAAAACGGGAUGAGCUAGACCUAACACUAGCAAGAUGUUUAUUAGUAAAUUUCUCUAAUGUUGUACCUGAUCAUUCACAAGAAAGAAAAUCACUGGAAAAAUUAAUCAAGUUCAGAAACAACACGUACGGUCAUGCAACUAAAGGAACAGUUUCAAAUAAAGAGUACUAUGAUAAUAGGAAAGAAAUUGAAGCAUGUAUCAUGGUACUCGCUAAAACGUGUGGGAAAGAAGAGGAAUUCAGGCAAAAAUUGAAAGAUGCUAAAGUCAGAACUUUAGACGAAACAAUAUGUAGACAGCUUCAAACAUCACUUCUGCUUUCUGCCCAAAGAGAGGAAGAAUUGAAGACGGACAUCCCGGCUGUGAUAGAAACUGCUGUAGGAACUGCUGUUGAAGCUGCUUUUGUGAAGUUUCAAGGAAAAUAUGAAAGCUCCCAAGCAGAUACCAAAGAGUCACAUACAAGAAAUGAACGAAGCCCAAGCAAAGAAUGUGCGGACUACAGUUUUACAGAGGAACAUGACAUUCUUCCUGAUCGUUUUUUGCACUCUCUUGCGUGUGAGUUGAGUGUAAAUUGGAAAGACACUGCCUUUGAACUAAACUUCAACAAAAAUGAAAUAGACGAAAUAAAGGAAGAUAAUGCAUGGAGUACUGUAGAUCAAGCAACCACUAUGCUUAUCAAAUGGAAAAGACGUAGAGGAAUACAACCAGAAAUGAUCGAUGAAAUAUGCAAUGCUUUGACAGAGUGUGGAAGAAAAGACUUGUGUGAUACAUUACAGAAAAAGCUAGGUAUUUAUAAAUCCGAAAAAGUAAACGAGGAAUCUUCACCAACCUGUAUGCAAGCCACUGGUAUUUCAAGACAGAUUUCUUAUCGAGAUGAGGAACUGGAAGAGCUUGAGACUAUUGAAAGCCAUUUUAUUGAAACCAGUGCUUUUAAGGAAGUCAAGAAGGUUUUAAUGGAUAAGAAAAUGGUACUUAUAACAGGUGACAAUGGAUCGGGCAAGACAAGUCUCGGAUAUCAUUUAUAUUGUGAUUUAAUAGAUAACAAAACCAUGGAUAAAGAUAACAUUUGUAAGAAUAUGACUGAAUUCUUAAUUGAAUAUGAUCUUGAAGAAACACAAGUGUUAUUUUUAGAUGAUUUAUUCGGGACUCUAGACGUUGAUAAAACCGAGUUCAACAAAUGGUCAGAACUAAUGGAACGGAUGUCCGAAGAACGCAAAAAGGAAAAUGAUGCUGGAUGUGUAACAUACAUGAUUUUCUGUUCAAGAAGCAGCUUAAUUGAAAUAAUUAAACAAAAAGAACAAGUUGCUUGUAUAGAUCAAAGUUAUUUGGUAGACAUUUCUUCUAUCACAAAAAGGUUAUCAGUUUUAGAAAAGAAAAAUGUAUUCACACGAAUUUGGUCAAAAUAUCACAAUAAAGAGUCAGAUAAACUUUCCUUCAUCAACAACUUCCAAUUUCCCGAAACAAAAGAUUUCGACUUUUGGUUCUGUGCUGAAGUAAUGGCAAGAUGCUCUUACGGAGAACAAUUCUGGAAAGAUCCUGUAAACUUUUUGCUAAAUAAAUUGAAAAAUGAAAUUGAUAGCAAUACUAUUUCAUCCGAGCUUUGCAGAAAAUUAAUUUCAAGUUAUUCCAAAGAAAAUAACGAGCAUUGUUCAGAAUCACACACACUUGGUUGCAGGUUUUUAAAGGAUGAAUUAGAACUUUGUAAACAACAUCCAGAAUUUUUUAAGGUAAUUUCUCCUAACCAAAUCGAGUUUCAGCACACAUUGAUGAAAGACAAAAUUGAGCUUUACCUAGCUGGAAAAGGUGAUAUGGUAAAUGCAAUAAGAAAUUUGCCACUUCAACAUCUAAUGACGGCUGUUUUACCGAAAAAAAGGUCGUCGUUCGUUAAAAGGAAAAGAGAUCAAAUUUCGUUUGAAAGAUGAACAUAUAUGUCAUUUAAUACAAAGACUAAUAACAGAGGUUUUAAAUGGCAAUGUUAAAGAUGUAUCAUCACAUGAUGUUUGGAAUACCGACGCAUGGGUUACUAUGUUAGACGAUAUUUUGAAGAAGGAAUCAUCCGACAAGAUACACAAAUUGUUGACGAUUGAAGAUAGAAAUGAAGGUAAACAUUUUCUUUACUGGAGCGCCCUGAAACAUAAACGGCGGCUGUGUGAGAAACUUCUACGGUAUAUUGAAAGUUGCAAAACGUUAGAAAAUAAAGAGGUUUUGCUUUCUGUGGUCCUUGUUGGUGCAUGUACAAUACAAAAGAACGUUUCAAUCGUCAGGGAACUAAUUAAAUUUGGUGCCGACGUCAAUUUUUGCAAUGCUUGUCGAUUAGAAAACAUCAUGCGAAAUGAUGAAAUAGGUAUUGAAAAAUCAAUAGACGAACAGCAUAUGUGUCCACUCGAUGUAGCUAUGAGUUAUGGAAACAUUUCUCACGUAGAAAAUCUGCUGAAUCGUGGAGCUACUAUAUCCCAUUGCUCCUGGAGACAAUGGGAAAUAAUUCAUAAAGCAUUUGCCCUUGAUGAUAUGUAUGUUAAACAACCAGUAUUUCUUGAAGCUUUUUUGGAUGUUUUUUCAAAGUACAAUGCGAAUAAACAAAAUGAAUCUUCCAGUGUAGAGAAAUCCGGAUUGUAUGUCCUUUUCAAUGAAAUCAACGAUUCGUGCGAUGAUUUAAACGACAUAUUCCUAACAUUUGCCAAGUACAGUGUAUUAAGUACUACGUUGUUGAAUGCAUUUCUUGAAUGCAAAGUGGAUGCAAAUGUGACCAACCGAGACAAAAAGAACGCCUUGCAUUUACUUGUGGACCAUUCUGGGCGUGAUAUAUCUGAAAAAUGUAAAGUAAUAGAGUUACUGUUACUGAAUGGAUGCGAUGCUAACAUGAAAGGUAAACAACGACAUACCCCACUGUCUGUAGCCAUACGAAAACAGUAUAAAAAUCCACAGAUACUACAGUCUCUGUUGAAAGGGAAUUCCGAUGUAAAUAUCAAAGUAGGAGAAGGAAAGUCUUUGUUACAUGUUUGCAUAGAAACAAAAAUGCCGCCAAAUGAUGCGAUAAAUAUCAUAAAAUUAUUGAAAGACCAGAAGUGUGAUCCAUUUUUGGUCGACAAAAAAGGUCAUAGCGUAAUCGAAAUCCUAUUUCAACAGGAAGAAAUUAACAUCGAAAUUCUGAGUGAACUUUGCUAUUAUCCUCUUCAUACUUGUCUUAAAUACAGCAAAAUUACAGAAGAAAGAAAAAUUGAAAUUAUCAGAUAUUUACAUGACAGAGGAAUGGACAUAGAUUGUUGUGACGAAACAAAACAAACACCUUUAUCGACCGCAAUUACUUCAUGUUGUAGUCAGUCAGUAAUCCAAUGCUUUCUGCAGCUAGGAGCUUCACUUAAUCGUAAGUUUCAGAAUGAUCACUCUAUUUUGCAGUUAUUUCUGAGGUUUCAUCCUGACAUAGACGAUUUGACAAUUAAAGAGUUUGCUAAGCAAGAUAUACAUUUACAGUCGGGAAAUUUCAUGGUUAUCAUUGCGGACAUUUUUAAGAGCAGCAAAAAUUAUCAUUUCUUAUUGGAAAUUAUUUUGGAUCAAUUUUCGUCAGAAUCAGCAUCCUUUAAAUCAUUCUUAGAUGAAGAAAAUAGAACAUUUCUGCAUCUGACCGUAAUGUCAGUAUUAACGGAUAGGGAAUGUAAAGAGGUUUCUGAAAUGUUCAUCAACAAUGGAGUUGAUGUUAAUCAAAGGGAAAAAAGUCAAAGAUAUGCUCUUGAUUUGGCAAUACGAAACGAGAAAGUCAGAAGAACGAGCACUAUUUUAUUACUAUUAGAGCAUUCCAAGUUGAAAGAGUUUAAUACAAAAACAUUCCUGUUAGAUAUUUUUCACAGUGGACAAAUUUGUAUCGAAAUUUUAUCAAGUGCAAUUGACAAAAAAAUUAUAAACAAAUCCAAAGCACCAAAAACUAAAAUAUUGCACAUUCUAGCAGAAAAGGGAUUAGACAACUUUUAUAAGAACUUUCCAAUUACCGGUCACACGUCUUGUCCCAUUUCUACAGAGUCAAAUCUUGGACUUCCACAUUCCCAAAGCGUUAGUUAUAAAAUGAUAGAUAUGGUAGAACGUAACGAAACGUCUAACGAGUCGCAGUUUAUAAAAUGUUUAUUGGAAUGUGGUUUACAAGUAAAUGAAAAAGAUGACUUUGGAAGAACUCCUUUGCACAAAGCUUGUUAUUGCAAAGAUCAAGAUAUAAGUUUGAUAGCCGCAUUAUGUGAAAAUGGUGCAGAUACAAAUGCGAAAGAUCAAGAUAAAAACACACCACUGCAUUCUUGUGUAGCCUCAGAAUCCGAGGAUCUGAUUGUUUUAGCCGUUUGCGAAAUUUUAUUAAGAUACUCGGCUAAGUUGGGAAAAUGUAACAAUAAGAAAAGAACGCCCUUGUUACUUGCUGUUAAACAAGAGAAAGAAAGAAUAAAUACUGUGGCAUUACUUCUUCGCGAAAAGUCUGAUAUCAACGUUAAGGAUAGCAAAGACGAAAGCUGUCUGCAUUACUGCAUAAGUAAAAGAAUUCCAGAUAGUGAUGCGUGUAAACUUUUACAAGUUCUAUUGGAAAGUAAUCCAAAAUUAGAACAUAAGAAUACUCUUGGUUUGACUCCUUUAAACCUGGCAUCGACAUGCAACACUUUCAGUCGAGUUUUAUGCAUAAUUCGUCUUCUUGAAAAAGGGGCAAAAGUAAAUUCUAUUGAUUCAUACAACCGUACUCCACUUUUCAAUGUUGUACGUUGUUUGCGAGGUCAUGAUAUCCUGUUGUCGCUUGAAAGAAUUGUGAGACUUGCUAUUUUAUUUGCGUGUCGUGCAAAUCCGGGGUAUGCAACUAAAAGUAACGAAACUGUAAAAGAUUUUGAAACCGGAGAUUCUGUAGUAAAAAGUAUGAUUAGAGAAUAUCCUGCAUCAGAAGACAAACUUGUGUCGUUUGUUUAUACAAAGCUUCAAGCCGUAUCAAAAUAUUACUCUGGACAUUCAAAAAAUCACAGCUUUAAAUUUGAUUUAAAGGAGUUAAAGAAAGAAAUAUCCGGUGCUAUUACUGAGGCAAUCGGGUAUUUAGGCGAAAUUUGCUUUGAUAUUGAAGAAGACGAUGUUUGUCUUAGCAGUGAUUGUGUUACUAGUGCACAAGUUGCUAUGGAGAUUGAUGAAUAAACAUUUGUCACGAGGCAAAUUAUGUUACUUAACUGUUUUUAUGAGGUUAUAUGCUUUAGUUUAUAUCUGUCAACUAGUAUGGGCGUAGUGUUUAUUAACUUCCAGUUGGUAUUUUGGCUUGAACAACUUAAACAUAGUAUUAAUUUAAAAUCUCUUCAUCAAUCAUUUUAUCAAUACUGUAACAAUGGAGUACUUCAAAAUUACAAUAUAUCAACUUGAAGGUUAAUUUCAGGACAGUUCAAAUAGUAGAACUUUGAAGAACUGUUUCGGUGAAUCUAACAUAGUCUAUAUUUUUAACCCAAUUUCGAGCAAAUACGACUAAAUAAAAAAAUAAUUAGGGCAACAAUGGUCUUUACUUUUUAAUUGAGGUAAAAAAAAUCGGCCAUGAGGAUACCACAGUCAACAACACAUUAAUUGUUACAUGUUUAGUACACAGAUUAUGGUUAUGAAUCUAAGUGGACAAAAUUUAUAUUCUAGAUGAGUGUGGUAUGUUAAAUAUUUGGCAGAACUAAAUUGACCUUUCAUCAAUAUAGAUUUUAAAAUGUAUUGAAAAGAAACUUAAAGAUCAAUGUAUAGAACUUUGGUAUUCGAAAAUGUUCAAGUGUCCUACGGCUUUGUGAUAUAGAAUAUUCAAACCUCACUUCUGUUUUGAAAAAUAUAUUUUAAGAAUUAUCCCCAUAUCAUGUACAUCCUUUGUAAAUAAAGAUGUUGUAGUCACCGAUUGCCAGUCGAGACAGGGAGACGGCACAAUCUGCCAAGAUGCGAAAGAUUGUGUCCUCUCUGGGACCUGAUGGACAUCGGUUACGAAUACCACUAUAUUAUGUUAUGUAGCUAUAAUAAUAAUGCUAAAAAAAAUCUGCUCCCCCAAUUUUGUCAUGAAAAUGUAAACAUUUAUAAAUAAUAAUAUAUAACUAUUUUCUUCCAAUAAUGUAAUCAUAUUGAAAAAAAUCUCUUUAGAACUUUCUAGUGUUUAUUAUUUAUUUAAUUCACACAUGCACUACAUAUUUGUAUAUUGUUAAUAUGUAUAUGUCCUCUGUAACAUUUGAUUCAUAAGAAUAAAGUAUUCAUUUAUCCA